GAGUGGCGCGCGGGACCAGGGGGCGCACGGGAAGCUGGACGCGGGGGGCGCAUGGGAAGCCGAAAGCCAUUUGCUGGUGGAUGGAGUGGCAACGUUUAAGAGGCCGGAGCUCGCGGGUGUGCAAAGGGGAAAAACUUUCGGCAGGAAUUUCCUACCCAAGGAAAGAAAAGCUGGAGAGAAGGAGGCAGGGAGAGACUUGAAAUGUCUCAGUAACUUUCAAAACACACCAAACACCCCUUCAGGAGAUGAGGAUGGCAUGCCGCUAUAAAUUCAUUGUUCCACCUCCUCGCAUCUUCACAGCGCUCGCGCUGCUCUCGGCGCUCGCAGCGGCCGACUGGGGAUGACCGCGGCCAGGAGGACACCGCAUCCGAGGGGACACGGACGCGCCGCUUCGCUGGCUCGCUGCAGGCCGCCCCCGGCGUUUUUGUUUUAAUUUUUUAUGGCCUUUUUCUCUUUCUUGCUUCCUUUCCUCUUGGUUUCCUUCGAGUCGAAGAAAGCCACCCAAUAAGCAAGAAAGUGAGCUCCGGAGCGUGGAGCCCCCGCUGCCCACGGGUCCCGGGGGCGGGAGGCGGCGCACAUCACCUUCCUUACUUUUCGUGGCUGCAUUUGGGGAGGAUUUGGGUCCCCCCUCCUUCCUCCUUUUUCUCAUAUUUGCUGAAUCUCCACCAUCCGGCUUUUCUCCUUUUUAUUAUUUCCCCCUCCCUCUUUCCGGAGCACGAAUCCAAACAUUUUCCAAACCAACAAAGAAAAGUUCGCACGCUGGCACGGCAGCCCGGACGGACGGGCCGGCGCUGCUGCUGGGUCCCCCUCCCAGGACACUUGACUCAACUUGCAAGCGAGUGUGUGCCCCCCACCCCCUCCCGCCCCGGCACCUUCCAGAGCGAAUAACAAAUACCCAUAGAGUCCCCGCGCGCAGCCCCUCCCCGCGGGCAGCGCACUAUGCUGCUCAGGUGGGCGUCCCUGCUGCUGUGCGCGCUCCGCCUGCCCCUGCUCGCCGCCGGCCCCGCCGCCGCACCUGCCCAGGAUAAAGCCGGGCAGCCUCGGGCUGCGGCAGCGGCAGCGGCCGCCCAGCCCCGCCGGCGGCAGGGGGAGGAGGCGCGGGAGCGGGCCGAGCCUCCCGGCCACCCGCACCCCCUGGCGCCGCAGCGCCGGAGCCGCGGGCUGGUGCAGAACAUCGACCAGAUCUACUCCGGCGGCGGCAAGGUGGGCUACCUCGUCUACGCGGGCGGCCGGAGGUUCCUCCUGGACCUGGAGCGGGAUGGAUCGGUGGGCGCCGCUGGCUUGGUGCCCUCGGGAGGCGGGCCGAGCGCCACCGCGCGCCACCGGGGCCACUGCUUCUACCGGGGCACGGUGGACGGCAGCCCCCGGUCCCUGGCCGUCUUUGACCUCUGCGGCGGCCUGGACGGCUUCUUCGCCGUCAAGCACGCGCGCUACACCCUGAAGCCCCUGCUGCGCGGGCCCCGGGCCGAGGCGGAGGUCGGGCGCGUGUACGGAGACGGGUCCACGCGGGUCCUGCACGCCUACACCCGCGAGGGCUUCAGCUUCGAGGCCCUGCCGCCGCGCGCGAGCUGCGAGACCCCCGCGUCCCCGACGGGACCCCUCGAGCGCCCCUCGCGGCGCAGCAGCCCGGACCGACGCUGGACGCUGGCGCCGCAGCUCCUGGACCGGUCGGCUCCGCCGUCGGACGGGGACCAGGGACCACAGACCUGGUGGCGGCGGCGACGCCGCUCCAUCUCCCGGGCCCGCCAGGUGGAGCUGCUGCUGGUGGCCGACGCGUCCAUGGCGCGGCUGUAUGGCCGGGGCCUGCAGCAUUACUUGCUGACCUUGGCCUCCAUCGCCAACCGGCUGUACAGCCACGCCAGCAUCGAGAACCACAUCCGCCUGGCCGUGGUGAAGGUGGUGGUGCUGGGCGACAAGGACAAGAGCCUGGAGGUGAGCAAGAACGCGGCCACCACGCUCAAGAACUUCUGCAAGUGGCAGCACCAGCACAACCAGCUGGGGGACGACCACGAGGAGCACUACGAUGCCGCCAUCCUCUUCACUCGCCAGGAUUUAUGUGGGCAUCAUUCAUGUGACACCCUGGGAAUGGCAGACGUUGGGACCAUAUGUUCUCCGGAGCGCAGCUGUGCUGUGAUUGAAGACGAUGGCCUCCACGCAGCUUUCACUGUGGCUCACGAAAUUGGACAUCUCCUUGGCCUCUCCCAUGAUGAUUCCAAAUACUGUGAAGAGAACUUUGGCUCCACAGAAGAUAAGCGCUUAAUGUCUUCCAUCCUAACCAGCAUCGAUGCAUCCAAGCCCUGGUCCAAAUGUGCCUCAGCCACCAUCACAGAAUUCCUGGACGAUGGCCACGGUAACUGUUUGCUAGACCUGCCUCGCAAGCAGAUCCUGGGCCCCGAAGAGCUCCCAGGACAGACCUACGAUGCCACCCAGCAGUGCAACUUGACCUUCGGGCCCGAGUACUCGGUGUGCCCGGGCAUGGACGUCUGCGCCCGCCUCUGGUGCGCCGUGGUGCGCCAGGGCCAGAUGGUGUGUCUGACCAAGAAGCUGCCCGCUGUGGAAGGGACCCCGUGUGGGAAAGGGAGGAUCUGCCUGCAGGGCAAGUGUGUGGACAAAACCAAGAAAAAAUAUUAUUCGACAUCAAGCCAUGGCAACUGGGGAUCCUGGGGGUCCUGGGGCCAGUGUUCCCGCUCAUGUGGGGGAGGAGUACAAUUUGCCUAUCGCCACUGCAAUAACCCAGCACCCAGAAACAGUGGCCGCUACUGCACAGGAAAGAGGGCCAUCUACCGAUCCUGCAGUGUUACACCCUGCCCCGCAAAUGGUAAAUCUUUUCGUCAUGAGCAAUGUGAGGCCAAAAAUGGAUAUCAGUCUGAUGCGAAAGGAGUCAAAACAUUUGUGGAAUGGGUUCCCAAGUAUGCCGGCGUCCUGCCGGGGGACGUGUGCAAGCUGACCUGCAGGGCCAAGGGCACCGGCUACUAUGUGGUGUUUUCUCCAAAGGUGACCGAUGGAACGGAAUGUAGGCCGUACAGUAAUUCCGUCUGCGUUCGGGGGAAAUGUGUGCGGACUGGCUGUGAUGGCAUCAUUGGCUCAAAGCUGCAGUAUGACAAGUGUGGAGUGUGUGGAGGAGACAACUCCAGUUGCACGAAAAUUAUUGGAACCUUCAACAAAAAAAGUAAGGGUUACACUGAUGUUGUGAGGAUCCCCGAAGGGGCAACGCACAUAAAAGUCCGACAGUUCAAAGCCAAAGACCAGACCAGAUUCACUGCCUACUUAGCCCUGAAGAAGAAGAACGGUGAGUACCUCAUCAAUGGAAAGUACAUGAUCUCCACUUCGGAAACAAUCGUUGACCUCAACGGAACAGUCAUGAACUACAGCGGCUGGAGCCACCGCGAUGACUUCUUGCACGGGAUGGGCUACGCCGCCACCAAGGAAAUUCUCAUCGUGCAGAUUCUUGCGACAGACCCAACGAAAGCGCUAGAUGUCCGCUACAGCUUCUUUGUUCCCAAGAAGUCCACGCUGAAAGGAAACUCUGUGACUAACCAUGGCAGCAAUAAAGUGGGCUCGCACGCCCCGCAGCUGCAGUGGGUGACGGGCCCGUGGCUCGCCUGCUCUCGGUCCUGUGACACGGGCUGGCACACCCGGACGGUGCAGUGCCAGGAUGGGAACCGCAAAUUAGCGAAGGGAUGUCUUCUCUCCCAGAGGCCUUCCGCAUUUAAGCAGUGUCUGCUCAAGAAAUGCUAGCCUGCGGGCCUGCUCUGAUGCAGAGCUAACUGGAUGAGUCAUCGCCGAUCCGUCCUGGUGGACACGAGGUCCGCCUCGGGCGCAGAAGGUCACGCUUCAGAGUCAUUGUCAACAGGGGUCCGAUUAUGGGCGGAAUCUGCUCUCUGCGACAAACGAAGGUGUGCACCAUUUCGUGGGACAGUGGCGACCCCGGAAGACAGUAACAACUCGGGAGUUGGCCAACAUCCCCUGGGCCUAUGAGAAUGAACAAACAUGAUGAAUGUAGAAUCAGGCGACAUUUGAAGAAGGCAGAACAAGAGUCUCCCCCUUGUCACCUACCUCUUACAGAAUGUCUUCAAAGGCACUGUAGUCAUUUUCACCCACAAUACACAGUAGCUUCUUUUUACUGUUUGUAAAUACAUUCUCCCUUGGUAUGUCACUUUAUAUCACUUGGUUCUAUUAAAAAAUAUAUAUGUACAUAUAUAUAUAUAUUUCUAUAAAAAAAAGUGCUUGACCAAAGUAGGUCUGCAGCUAUUUCAACUCCUUCCAGUUUCUGGAAAGAGCUGUGGAUGUUUUACUGGAAAUUUAAGACCUUGCUGCUGUUUUAAUAAGACUUAGUAAACUUUCAGACAACGGAGAUCACAUUUUAGUCAAAAAUCAUUUUGACAGCAAGCAUCUUCUAGAAAUUCCGAAAAGGAAAAGGAUCUCAGUGUAUCUAGUCAUUUAAAUACAUACACGGGUCCAUCUGCUUAAACAUUUGAUGGCCUGUAUUUUUUCAGGCAGACAGCCAAAUUAUUGCAUAAUUAGGUUGUAGAAAUAGUGUUUGCGUGUGUGUAUGUUAUUGGUAUUCACGAGUCUAAAAAUUAGUUCGCUCCUGUUAGAAUUUAAAAGGGGCAAAAAAAUCACACUCCACCAUAUUUUCCAUGUAUAUUUUCACAAUUGCUUUCCCUUUCCGUGGCUCUCAUCUGGUAUCUCACAAUGUGUAAUAUAUAUGAAAUACACCCGGCAAAGAGUUUUCUAAUCACAUUCAACACUCUCACUACUGGUAUGCCUCUUACCAGCAAGCCUUUAAAAAUGUGUUUGUUUUUGCGUAUUUGUUUUGUUCAAAGGUUGGGUAAGAUCUUCAAGGUUUUCUCCUUCUUGUUGACUUAGUUUAAUAGGAAUAUUAAAGAUCACUUAAUAGUUAGCUACAUCUAGAAGUGAUUACCAUUAAUGUGGCUAGUGCAAGAAAAAAAGUGGUUAUUAAUAAGACUGUUUCCACACCAUAUAGGCAAUAAUUUCUUGCAUUUUUUAAAAAAAAAUCCAAGUAUACUGAUACUGCACUUAAGAUUUUUCCCAAUUGGAAAGCAUUUGGUUGUACAAGUACGUGUUUAAGUGAUGAAAUAUGAUGAUUUUUGAGAAGUGUGUUGCUUUUAUUUUCAUAGCCUGUCUAGACAGGUUGUAAGUUUUAAUAGUUAGACAUGGAAAAUUUUUGCAAUCAGAUGCCAGAAAUCUCUUUUUAGAUAGUAAACUGUAUCCCUUCACCCCAUAGCUCAGAAAAUCUAAAGUGUUUCAUUUCAUUUGGAUUUUGUUUUCUUUUUGAAAUAUCACAAAGCCAAUUGUUUUUAUAAAAUUGUAUAAUAAUAAUACCAAAUGUGCCUAUUGUGAAGAUUUGCAUAUAAGGAUAUUAGGGGACCAUUGUUUGAGUUCCCUUAAGCUCAUGAGAGUUUAUUUUUAUUAUAAGAUAUUUUUAAUAUAAAAUAAUUAUGUAAUUCAUCUUGCUACAUCACAUUCAUUUCAGUGGGUCUCACUGUUUUAAGUGUUUUCUUAAGAAAUUAUUUGGUAGAACAAAUAAUUAUUUUACAAAACUGAUCACCAUCAUUUGGAUUUUUAUAAACUGAUUUUGCUUUAAAUGUAGUAAUAUUUUCUUAAUAAAUUAUCAGUUGGAGAAAUGAGGCCUGUACAAGCCAGGUAACCUACAUUUGAUGGAGAUCAACCAGAUAUCAGGGACAGGGAACAAAUCUAUUCAGAGUAGUCAGGAAAAAAAUUAAAAUCAUACUGACCAUUUGACUAUGCAGAGAGAAUUAUUAGAGAGGCCAACAUUAUUUUUUACAAAUUUCAAAAUAAUUAUAAUCAAGUAAUUCGGUUUUGACAAAGUUUGAUUUUAUCUUUUGUGGGUAUAUUGACGGCAACAUUAAAAGAUAAUUGAAGAGCAAACAUGAUUGUCUCCUACUCUGCUUCUCUAUACUGGAUUCAUAGAUUUUUAAUAUGAUUUAUCAAUGAUUCAUUUUCCCCCAAAUAAUGAACUUUUACACUUUUGAUUUGAACAAUCCUAGAAAGCUUAGAAUGAAUAAACCACUAUUCCAUGAUUUUAAGGAAGUUUCUUUAUUUUAUUUUUUUGGUGUUUAUUUUUUGUUGUUGUUUUGUUUUGUUUUUACAUGAGUAUCAAUAGAUUGACUAAGGAAUGUAUGUCUAAACUCCUGAUAUAAGUGAUAUAGGAUAUAGACUGGAAACUGAAGUCAGGUAAAUUGAGUAUUUGGUGGAUAUAAGGAAUGAUAAGCAAAGGGAAAAUCCUCUAUAACACAACCUAGUUCAGUCCAGUUUGACUUAGGACUAUUCCUUUCACUUAUGGUAGUUGCAUAUUGAAUAAAGAAUCUGGGAUUCAUGAUGCUAGAGGCUGCUUCCUAAAAAAGUUUGUCUGAAAACGCUCAGGUUAGUAAGAAUCUAACCUCACUCAUAAACUAAACAGUCCAGAUUAAGUUUUAUUAAAUAAAAGGUAGCCCAGAAAAAAAAUAGCAUUUAUUUCUUCUAGAACAGUAAAGGUCAAAUUAAGCCCUGCCUUGUUUUUUAGGGACUUAAGGGAAUUGGUUGAAUUUAUUCAAUGAAUUCAAUUUACUUUGCCUUCCUGUGGAAACAGUUUUAUCACAUUAAACUAAGAAUUAAGGGAUUAAUCACAAACAAACAAAGUUGCAGCACUGAAAAAAAGUAAUUUAUUGUUUUUGCAACUGGUAUGUGAAUUUGUGUGAUAAAAUUAUUUAUUCUUAUUUAACAAAAAUAUGUGCAAAUUCUAUAUUUAAAAUGUUUUGCUGUUGUCCUCUUUUAUAAUUUAUGCUUCAUGUUUGUGUAUGAAGUACACUUUGUGAGUUUACAUAAUAUACAGCACUGUUUGCUUUUGUAUUUUUUUUACAGAGAGCUUUCUGUGUGAAACAGGUGUAUAUGUAUAUAUUCCUCAUGCAUCUUUAUUCUGAUACUAUAGCUUUCCUUUCUAAGACAUUAAUUUAAUAUUUCAUGACCAGUAGUGUUCAUUAGUUGUAGUUAUAUUAACAAGUCUUUUGGGUUCCAUAAAUACUGAUUUUUCCAAGUCACAAAUAAAAACAAACGCUUAUUUAAGUAA